AGGGGAGGGAAACGGUGCUGUUCGACGGCGCUGAGGUGAUGGCGUCGGUCACCGUGCGGUUGGGCCGCCUCUGGUUCCGGGCUGCCUGCGGCAGACUUCUGCAGCAAGCUACAGUUUCUCCUUUUUAUUUCCGGACUAUUUCGAUCCUCUCGAAUUCAGUGGAGCAACCUCUAAGAAGCAGUUUCUCCUCCAAGCUGGCAGGUGUUUGCCAAGGCAUUGCUGGCCCGGUGUCCUCCUGGAACCACCAACAGAUACGCACAAAGGCACGUGGGAAUGAGUAUCAGCCAAACAAUCGCAAACGCAAGCGGACCCAUGGCUGGAUCAAGCGUAUCAGCACGCCAGCUGGAAUCGAGGUUAUUCUCCGGCGCAUGCUGAAAGGCAGGAGGUCUCUGAGCCACUGAGUGUUCCGGCUGUGAGGCCUGCGUCAUCUGGAGCGUGUCAGAAUCGAACCUUACAGCUGCCCCAGUCCAGAGCCAGCCUGUGGGUUUGCACUAAAGAAGACUCUGAGCAGCAGCACCAGACUGUUCCUUUCACGUUGGGAAUGUGCAAGUUGCGGCACUGGUCGAGGGUGGCCUUUAAGGGCUUUGUUUAGUGGCUGCUUUUUAAUUGUAAAGUUACUGCAACUUCUAAGCAUGAUUUUAAGAUAUAUUUGGAAAACAUGAGCUGUAAUUAAAAUUAACCUUGUGCUGCA